AUGUUGGGUCACAGCCCUACGCCAGCAGCUCACGUAGACAAUGAUCGACUUAAUACGGAAAGGGUAAGCAUCAAACAGGCAUCUAAAGUCAUAAAGCCCCCACUUCAUCCUAGGGCUGCUGAACUGAAGUCCGAGAAACCUUCCCAAAGGAAAGGCGGGAUUCUAUCAGUAAUCCUGCCAAUUUAUGCUCUAGGGAUUUUCGUUUAUUUUGCGUAUAUAAUGUUCAAGGUUAGUAGUUCCGUAUCUUUUCUUGUAAAUUUACAAGGGUAAAAUUUGCGGAUUUUGCCGUUGAAGGGAGUGCCUCUCCGCUUAUGUCUUUACCACUUCUUAACGUACUACAUAGCUUCGGCCUUCUUUUAUAAGACGACUGCUUAAGACAUAUCAUGUGAGUGUCCUCUUGCAUGGUGCGCAUAACAAAUUAUGUGAGAAUAGUUUGAUUAGAGGUCAUUAUUGGAGGUUGCGCAUCCGAAUUAUAGCUUGUUAGGCACCGUAUGGUUUCUGUGCAUUUGGAUGUUCUAAGUUCUGCCAUUCACCUCUUGGUUAUUUGACCUGUUCCAAGGAUAGUAUGGAACUCCCAGGAUAUGCGAUUUACGUGAUUUUCGAAGCGAUCAAUGGGUCAACGUUUAGCUCGUAACUGACGUAUAGUCAAAAACUUCUUGGAGGUGUUUUUAUAAAGAAAUAAUACACGAAGACAGCGGCACAUUCGUCUUUGGUUCAUGGCCUAGAAAAUCUUUAACUUGCCAGAAGUGCCGACCACUGCGCCGUUAAUUGAAUUGGCGAAAACAUGCAUCUAAAUUCCUUCAUCGCCCGUCACUUUGAAAAGGACCGGCACAAGCUACAAAGGUCUUCCAUUACUUCUCUUAAAUGCCCACUUGCUACUGAAGAAGGGUCGACAUGUUUUAGCUCCUCAACGUACUAUAGACUUGGUCAUUCUCCAGCACGUGGUCAUUUCUUCCGAACUAAGUCAUUUGGACCAUGCACGGUACAAUGAAACAGGCACUAAUUCAGGUAGUGAGGUGCAUGGCCAUCACUGUGGAAUGACCACGAGGACUAGAAAUAGUCGGACUGCCCACACCGAAUUAGUUACUUGUGGUGCCUACGUUUCGCAUGCCUGGGUGUUAAACUUAUCUUAUACAACACACGCGUCAAAUGAUUUCUUUUAUGUAGACAGGAGGCGUUCUUUCGGAAUCAGAGAAUCAAAACAAUGAAUACCGGCUAACAGUUAUCUUGCGCUACGAUGGGUAUCUAGGUAGGUGCUGGCUAGAGCUCCAUAGCAUGACUACUGGUAUUGGUGCAGAGUGCCCUUUAAGAGUUAUAUUAACAACUUCAACACAUUUACCUGAUAAAGGAGCAUCCCACAGCAACACCCUAACCCAAGAUAGAUUCGACUAAUAAGGGGUUCAUUCAGUAGGCACUUCCUUGACUGAGCGUAACUUACCCCGGUCACAGUUCCUAUCGCCAUCUUGCCGAAUUUCGUAUCAAAUCAGGGGCAUAAUUCCUGGACUUUGGCUUAGCCGUCUUGAAGGGUGGAAGAGCCAGAUCUGUUAGCCUGGGGGUCGUCUGUAUGGACUUUUACUUUGUACUUAUAGUGGUCGGCACCAAUCCUGGUUCAGCUCUCUCCGGAAUCCCAGACAUAAUAAACUAGUCUCGACCACCUCCCGCGGUAGUUGCCUAGUCCCUCUACGAUCGUUGUCUAAUUGGAAUUUCAUCCCCGAACGACAUGUUAAGAGUCCUGGAUUGGGAGGGUGCCAACUGACGGGAUAACUAGGGUCUUUUCAUUUCUGAGAGUCAGGCUGCAAUGAGCCCUUCUUAUUGUGACCUUCAUGGCAUUGUCAGCCAUGUGAUAUCAGAGCAGUGUAUAGUAGCCUGGUACAGGUUUUGUGGACCAGGUCGUGCGUGGAACCCGUUGGCGGGCUGUUUAGCUUUGUUAGCCACUACCUGCGCCCAUUUCGGGACAUCUUCCCUUCGUUAGAGCGAUGUGGAUGAAGGAGGACACAGUGCAGUAGAUGCCGCAAAAGUCUGUCUCACCAUGAACUACUUCAUGUGCAAGUCGCCAGUGCUGCGCCCACUCCUUGGGAACAUUGUGAAAGUCGUUGCUUACAAAGGUCAAACCGUGGUGCGUCGACGACUGAACCGUUCAAGAUAAUAACUGGUUGGUGAUUCUUUCAAAGUAAUAAUAACAAUAAGUAUGGAUGUUCCUUGGAGAUAGUCUUUUGUUGCUCGCACGUUUUGCUACUUUUCUGCUGAAGGAGGUGGCUGGUCAGAAGAGCAAGACCUGUUAUUAGUACUAUUGUGUUUUAUUUUUUUGAUGGGUAUUCCCCCUCAGAAUAGUCAACCUUGAAGUAGUUUAUAAUAGGUUAUUUCCAAUCCGUAGAGGUAAGGACAGUCAAAGGUUUUUGUGACUGAAUUGAUAAGGGACAACAAGAGGUACAGGGUCAUUUCUUACUUUGAUCCCCAAGCAUACCUGAUAAGUCAAUCAGGAAAGGGCGCACACCGAUCUAUUGGCUUCACGAAGCAAACAAGCUCCGUAUGGGUAGCAAAGGUCAGGAACAGGCAACCAAUUACCAGGCCGAAGUCGGCCAGGUCAUAAUAGCAGCAAGGAGGGACGACAGAGAAUGCGGGUAGAUUGAUACAGUACUGUUUCGGGCUUAUUGUGCCUUUAUUCAGCCAAUCAUAACCCUGACCACCAGCAGAUGGGACCAGAAACACAAACAUGCGCACAGACGCACCUAGCGCAGUUGAUCCACCACUGGGGUGGCGAGGCGCCGAUGAACUUCGGUUCGAUGAAGUGCUUAUGACCUAUCUGGUAGACCCCAGUGGUGGAUCAACUGCGCCAGGUGCGUCUGUGCGCAUGUUUGUGUUUCUGGUCCCAGCUGCUGGUGGUCAGGGUUAUAAUUGACUGAAUGAAGGCAAAAUAAGCCCGAAACAGCACUGUAUCAAUCUACCCACAUUCUCUGUCGUCCCUCCUUGCUGAUACCUGAUAAGGCUAACUGGUACAUUGUGGGACCAUGGCGAUUUGCACGGGGCUACUUACUUCUCCGAAUCCAGCUCGAUGGUACGCUAACUUGUUGCAAUUGUUAUCCAUAUUAGCACGUCAAAGCCUAACUAUUUGAUUUACACUCCCUACUUUGUGGCGUAAGAACUUUCGGAUUUUUAGGCGAGAAUGGUUAUGUAAAGGUUAGAUCAACUCGAGAACUUCAAGAAUCUAAGCAAACUUGAGGUGGAUCGAGUACUUUAUUGAAGUAUCACUCUUGGAGUAAAUCUUCGUUUAUAUAGCAGAACGAAUUUUCGCUUUCGACAUGUUUCCAUAUCACUCGUAUCAGCUUAUAGCAAUUAUCGUGAAGACUUCGACGAAAAACUGCAAAACUUCGUCCGCUGACCUGACAACGCCUAUUUGGGUGGCCUAUUUUUACCUCUAGGUAGGUUAGUUGUAUAUUCUGACAGCAGGAAUAUUGUGAUAUUUAAGACACGCACCAACAUCCAAGGAACCAUUCUUAUGCUUACCAUAAACUAGUUUUAAAUGUACAACAACCUAAGCUACAUGCUUAUUGAUUGCCGUCUUCAGGCAAUGAUGUUCCUAUUAUUGUCGUUGAACUUUGGUUAAAACUAUUUGUAGCUCUUUGGAAACAAGAAUCAGACGGUGCCUUCGAAAAAGGAGAAAUACUUGAAAGACUACUAUCGGAACUUUCGCUAUAACGUGGAGAAAGAAAAAUUCAUGAUGGAUAGCGAUUCAUCUGACGACGAUAACUUGCUUUUAAGAGAAAGUUUUUGCGGUAAAACUCGAAGGUCCCACACCCGCAGUGGUAUGUCCGAUUUCUGUCCACCGUCAUUGCAUUCUUCAUCGUGUAUUACCUUUGGGCAGCAAUGCUUGCCUACACAGUAGAUUUUUUGUGAGUCAGCAUAGGUUUAUUUCAAAUGAUUACGCCCGAGUUCCUUGCUACUACUUAUUUUUGUUGAAAAUUGGAGGCAGUUUUGAUACAUAUUUCAUCUCCCUAGAUGCCACUUGACAACCUAGAUGGCUAACACUGACAGCAUCAAUGUUGUAGUGACCGACGUCACCCUUAGAUACGCAUGGCACCCAGUCACUAUCACUGAUAGUGCAUGCUGCGUAUAAUUCAUUCAAGGCCAGAUAAGGCACUAUCAAGCGAGACGCAGACAGCCGUUUCGCGGUCGUUGUGGAUCACCAGUACGCCACCUUCUGAAGUUGAGGUAUCGCCAGCAACCCAGCUGGCGGGCGACCAGAAAAGGAACCAAGUAAGAUUCCAACCACAACACAUGAGGAUCACGCGCCUACUUUGCAAGCGCAUGCCGGCUUAAUUUGAAAUUGCCUAACGGAUGAACCUAUGGUUCGAGUGCUAGUUUUCCAUUCGACAAUUUCCACGAGAAUGAAUUAGUCUCUUUUGUUUAUUUGAUUUUGCCUCCAGAUCUUUCGUCUUUGCAAAGACAUACUCUGAAACCGUUGAGUGCCUUUUAUGAAUCGUUUCAGUUAACCCAAGGAAUGCAUUCGACUGGUCACGCGCUUAUGGAGAAAAUGAGGGGGAACUGGGAAUGUCACCCGACAUAUAUCGUUCCGCAAAGAGUCUUCCAAGGGAUCUUGAGUAUCUUCUGAAAAAAGUAGACGAUAACAAUCUCGGUAGGUGUGGAACGUUCAUUUGCUGGGUAGUUUUACUUCUAGUUCAUGGUCACCGAUUUGUCUUAAAACAGUACUAUUCGCUACAGCAAUGGGCUUUUCCGGUUCAUAAGUGCUUGCCAUUUAGUGAGAAUUUUGUCAAUCAGGUGCAGUUGCCUAGUUGACGGUUUUUUUGUCAAAGUCGUCGUUGGCUCGGCUCCCUCUGUUAAACACUUUUCCUGUCUGAGCCAAUUACUGAUUAAUGGCAUGUAGUAAUAAUGAUAGUAAUAGCGAUGAUACUACCACUUCUGCUGCUAUCAUUACUACUACUACUACUACUACUACUACUACUACUACUACUACUACUACUACUACUACUACUACUACUACUACUACUACUACUACUACUACUACUACUACUACUACUACUACCACCACCACCACCACCACCACCACCAUCAUCAUCAUCAUCAUCAUCAUCAUCAUUACCAGUACUACCGCCAUGAAUACCGUGAAGCCUAAGCAGGGCGCUUCAUAUUCGGUAGAGUUUACGUACUUUCGGCAAGAACGGGGUGGGAGAGAUUCCAUCCACACAAUUGUUUCAAAUUACCAUGCUGCCUGUGAAUUUUGCAUUCACCCGAUAGUACUUCUAUAUGGACAAUCAGAGAAAGGUAAAGAUACCACUGACAACCAAAUUGAAUAAGGAGGAGAAGGUAGGACAACUGCGUGAACCCCUUCGGUAGUAGUUGACGCAGCCAGGCUUCUUAUUAACAUAUGAUCAUAUCGGUGGAUUUUAAGUCUGUGCAGUCUCCACAUGCGGCAGUUGACGGUAUGGCAUAUUUGAAUUUGCCAAUUUCAGGGAUGUUUGUUCCGAAAAACGAAGCGGUUGCCUGGAAAAAUCGCAUUCAGUUGGUGUGUAGCCUUGCAAAUAUCACCGCCAUUUAAACUGGUGCACUUAAUAUAUCGCGGACAUCAUCUUGCAUUCACAUAUGUAGACUUAAAGAAGGGAGACGCGGAAACAAAAAUUUGCGUUCUCGCGAGGCUUACGUUACUGAUUACGGCCAUUCUAUUCUCCCAACUCAAAUAACCCCUUUUUCCAGCAGCCUUAUAUUACAGGUAGUGUAGGGGAGAUUUCUAGAAGGUGGAGAUAGUGCUAAGUCAAUCUAUUCAGUUGUUAGAAUCUUAAACAUAUUAUUUGUUGGUUCUAGUCUCACUUAUACUUGCUUGUUAUUUUUCUCGGAAGGGGAAUGUCUAUAUUAUUGUUUAUCAUUGUCUGCGGUAGACGACGCCGAAAUUCAUCGCCUGCGUGUUCGCCUGGAGGAAGUAGAACAAGAAAUGACUCGUCUCCUGGAGGUUGUCAACUCAGCCGCCUUGCCUGAAGAUUCAGUCGCAGCGAAACCUCCCUGCCCUAAUCACCGUUAUCAUCAUCCUCAUCAAAGAGAAGAAAAGGCACGCGAUGGUUCCGAGUGCAUUGAGAAGACGGACGAUGAUGAGGAAUUACUUUCGGCCAGUGAAGGCGAAGGAGAAAAUCAUGAAGUUAGUUUCGGCGCAAGUGCAUUUUCACCCAGAGGGUCCUGUCUAACACUACACUGCAGUUGUGCCAACAUACGUGGCUCUGUUGAAUCCCGCAGGACCACUCGUUUUCAUGACUCUAGCCUCGUCCACAUGAGCCUUUCGGCUUCCGAUUAAUGUUGCGAUACGAUCGAAGGCACUUAUGCGGAUGAAAACAAACGUGUUAUUCAAGUCGUAGCCGAACUCCUUGUGUCCGAUGAGUUUCAUUUUAAUAGCACAGAUGAGUUUAAGUAUGCAACCUAGCCCGUUUUUUCGGACCUCUUGCCGAUAAGGAGGGAGAGAAAACUUAGUGCGUUGUUAAGCCGCUGGGCAGAGCUUUGAUCGUCAGGCACGAUUUUGAUGAGUGCACUUUUCUAAAGAGGUUCUCCCGUAAGACAACGUUUACGGCGUAGGGAAGGUGCAUUUCCCUGCCUGGACGCCUCAGUCAGCAUCGUUUCACACAUUGCAUAGUCGGAGAAGAUUAGAAAGCACCGUUACUAGUUGCUGAGUUGAACAAGCCCUGAAGUUCGCAGAACUGUGUAUUGAAUGUAGACGUGACUUGCAGACAGAAGCGGAGAGCCAUAUUACCAAAAAAGUUUGUAAUCUAGCGUCUGAUGCAACAAUCCACACAUUCAUCUCUACCAUUGUUGGCUCGCACUGUUAUGCCGUGUCUCAAUUAUCUGUAAUGCGUUUUUCCCGAAUAUUGAACUGAGUGUACAGCGCAAUGAUACUACGGAUUCUCCAUCGACCUCUCGUAUCGACCGAAAAGACAAAACAAGCAACCUACUUCCGACAACCUCUGCGAAGAGUUCUUUUUGAAUGUCCUCUAAGGAUUAGUGUGCUAUGCCCAAAGGUAUUCUAUGCAUGCAAAAAGACCAUUGAAAUGACCUGCUUUCAUUUGUCUAAAUUCCCAGGUCGACUUUUCUCGUGUAUCUUUUCUUAAACUUUAAUUGCACAUCGUCUCGUUGUUCCAUCAGCCGUUAACCCAGUCUAUGUGGAUCUAUUUUUUUAGGUACAUCAGUCAUGA